AUGAACGAGUCUCCAUUUAUUGUUAAUUCGUUAGAGGAAAGAUAUCCUCUUGAGAUAUCUAAUGGAACCCUCCAAGAAGUUACUCCCCAUACUGUCUUUGAGCUUAUCAGAGACAUAAGAGAUCCCGAGCAUCCUUAUACCCUGGAGCAGCUCGGCGUCGUGUCUAAGGAAAGAAUAAGUAUUGGACUUAUCAAUUCGGAUGAUGCAACACUUAGUAUUGGGCUUCCGAUCAAGUACGUAAGAGUGAUGUUCAAGCCCACAAUACCUCAUUGUUCCAUGGCUGCAGUGAUAGGGCUGUGUAUAAAAGCACAGCUGAGUAGAUACAUAAAAAACCAUUUUAUUCAAGUUCAUAUAAUAAAUGACGGACAUGUAAACUUCAAGGCAUUAAACAAACAGCUGGAUGACAAGGACAGGGUUCUUGCAGCAAUGGAAAACGAGACCUUGUUUGACCUCAUGAAGGAAUGUCUUCCUAUCGUCCGAUAG